UCUCAAUUCUCAUAGAGCAUUUAAAAUACUGCAUAAAUUUACUCACUAUAAUAAAGGAGAUGACCAUUAUUUAUUAUAAACUCAUACGUGUAACUUUAACAAAUGGAGUAAAUAUUCUUUCGUGCAUAAGGUCAUUCUAGACCCACUUGACUAAUCGUCCACUUCGAGGCUCUAAUUGGCUUAAGGUUUUGCAAUGAGUGUUAAUUAAAUGUAACAAUAAUUACAAUCUGACUAUUUAAAAUUAUAACAAUCUGAUAUGGAUUUGUUGCAGUUUGUCUUCAAACCUAGUAAUCAGGAAUUAAAUGUUUUGAUUUCAAUAAGCCAAUUUCGUUCUUUGUUUCAAGAGGUUGAAUCACAACUUCGGUCCUAACGUUCUGAUUAGGCAUUUCAACAAGUGACCCUCGGCUCAAUAAUGUUAGACCUCAUAAUCGUUUCCACUAGAAGUUUAACCCAACAUAUGAAUUUUAACGUCACAAUAAGGAGUUUCGGUCCUUGGUCAUUCCAACUUGUCCACGCUCAAUCAGCUCGCCGUCUGGGUUAGCCAAUUUCAUUCUUUGGGCUACUCCAAAUUCAUCCUCAACCUACUAACUACGAAAUAUUCUGCACAAAAUCAGAUUAUGAGAAUUUAGGUGUAUACCCCCCUUCUUUAUUGCUCCAGCAUUUAUUUCUUCAAAGUACCCGUUGCAAUCGCCAACCUGUUUCCUGUUAUUUCUCUGUACUUGUUUCUUUACUUCUCCUUCCCUAUCACAGAAAAAGAAAAACACUUUGAUUUUUAUGUUUCUUGAUCAUGAUUCAUACCUGGACUCCAUUCAAAGUGAAUGAAGUACUCAAAAGGGCCUAAAACAAAAUGGGCAUCUUCAAGAGACAUAAUUUCAGACACCCAUGUUCACAUCUCCUGCUUCUGUAUUUUCUGAUCGAUUCCGUUUCAGCGGUUCUUGAUUUCCCGGCGAGCAGAGCAGAGCUGUCGGCGCGUUCGCUCGACGCGCUUCUCCAGGAACGUGCAUUCCGGGCGCUCCUCCAGCCGAAGACCGGCAUCCCGUACGACGGGAAUGUGCCUCCCGGGAUGGCUGGGAUCGGAGUUUCGGCGUUGAGAUUGAGGAGUGGGGCCAUGAGGAGGAAAGGGUUCAGAGAUUUCCAUGAAUUUACUAUCCCGGCCGGAAUGGUGGCGCAGCCGUACGCGGAGAGGAUAGUUCUUGUUUAUCACAAUUUAGGCAACUGGUCCGGCGUCUAUUACCCUCUGCCGGAGGGUUACAUUCAUCUGACUCCCGUUUUGGGUCUGAUGGCUUACGACGCUUCCAAUUUGUCGGCUUCAGGGCUGCCGGAGCUCGAAUUACGGGCAUCGGAGACCCCGAUGUUGAUAAAGUUCUCAAGAUUUAAGCCGGCGCCAGCGUCGGCGUCGCCGGCUCCCCCCAAGUGUGUGUUCUUUGAUAUGCGCGGUUCGCUGGAAUUUGACAUUGUUGCCGACGGGAACAUAUGCAGAGGUACAAAGCAAGGGCAUUUCUCGAUGGUCGUCGAGAUCGGAGCUCCGGGAAAAGUGCCGGCGGCCACCAUUGGAGACCGCAAAAACAGUAGGGAUAAGAAAGGAUUUAACAAGUUAUUACUGUGGGUAAUUUUGGGGACAACGAUUGGAGGGGUUGUGAUGCUGUGUUUGUUGAUCUUAGUAUUAGUUUGUGCGAAGAAGGGAAGUGGGGGUAAGGAGGAGAAGAAGAAGCGGAAAAUGGAGGAGGCUUUGGAACGCGAAGCACCAUUGCCGACGACCGCCGUGAGACUCGCUACGGCGACGGUGGCUUCAAAGACCCGGACCAGGCCGGUGUUAGAUGAUGAAUAUACUGCAUAGCUCUUAAGUUUGUAGAACAGAAAGUAAGACUGUACUUACCAAUAACGUUUUUACUUUUUAGCUUUUAGCUUUCUUACAUUUUGGCAAACAUCGUUUGAUUCUUGGUCAAUGGUGUAAUAAUAAUAGGGAGUACAAUAGAGUAGUAGCACAUAAAUAUAUACAACCCGUCUGGUAGCACGAAAAUCAGCUCUUUUGGCUGAUUUUACUGAAAUUAUGAAGUUUUGGCUGAAGUGGCU